CUGUGCUUAAUAGUGGAAGAAACUUCUUUCAUCACCUUCAGUUAUCUUCAGUCACUCUGGAUACUGAGAAAUGGGAACAAACUGCAGUGCUUCUCCAAAGACCAUAGACUGUCUGUACAACAUCGCCAGCCAUGCAGGCCUGGUUCCUGAUGCCUCCCUGGAUGCCUCCCUGGCCUCUCUGCUAUCCCUGAACUCAUCCUCGGUGCUGGAGCAGCAGUACUCCACCCUGCAGAGCGGCAUGACUCGACAGCAGAGGAUUGCCUUCAACCAAGACCUCAACACCUUGUUCGGAGGAAACACCACGGUUCCUGGCACAGCCAAUGACCAGGACAAGAUGGCAGCACUGCUGGAGAGCUACGAGAGAAAGCUCCGGACCGAGCUGAUGGAUUUCUAUGGGAGGAUGGUGUCGCUGGAGAGGAUCACACUCAGCUCUGCUGGGGUGAAGCAAUGGAUCAACGGAGCUGCUCUCCACAUUCACACCUUUCUCCAUUGGAAUCGCUUGACCAACCCCUCAGCCGGAGAGCGCUUAAGUCUGGACUACCUGCAUCGGGUUGACCCUCUGCUCAAGGCUUACAAAGAGUAUCUGCUCAAAACGGUUAAAGUGUUGCCAGCCUUGAGCCCUGGCCCUAGUGGGUUGCUGAUAGUGGAGCCUCUGAAAAAUGUAAGCCAUGAGGUUCGCCAUCGAAUCUGUGAGCGUAGGGCUAUCCAGCGAGCUCUGGUGGAGAAUUUCCUGUCAGCCCAGAACCUGCAGAGGGGGAAGGAGUUCUUCCAGAGCUCCCACAAGCACCAUGAAGCUCUGAUGGCACAGCAAGGACACUUUCUGCUGAGCAUGGCUUGAGAACAAUUAAGACUGACAAGCUAUGAUUGAUGAUCUAUCCAGCACAGAUAAACCCCAUCAACUGUAACUAGGUACUGCAGGCCUGUCAAGCAUUGAAUGUCUUCACAUGCUGACAUGUUGUGCAUGGGGCUGUAAUAUGAGCAAUACUCUGAAUAUGAAGAGUUUGGAUGAUGAUUUUUUUUAACCUCUCCAAAACCAAAAAUACAAGAGUAAGAAAUUGAUUUUACUGUAUGUUUGUCUGCUCUAACAUAAGCUGUGGCAGCAUGCCUGGCUAACUAGCUCAUGACCGAUAGUAUACUUAACCCAGCAUUACUUCCAAGGCAAGGGUCAUACUACAAAAUUUUGUGGGGUUAUAGGUUAUGUUAAAAAAAAAAAAGCUUUGUUCACACAACUAGGUCAUCCACUGUGUAGUAUUUCCUCAUGGUGUGGAGGCCUGUUCUGGAUGCUACCAUAUCAGAGUUUAGGCUAAUGUCAGUGGUUCUGUCCUGCUUUACUGAAUUUGGGGAGGUUUAUAAUUCAGCAACCCAAGCAAAACUUGCUAUCCAAGAUAUCAUUACAUUUGCUGAAUAUGUGGGUAAGUCCUCAAAGCUGGCUUUUAGG